AUGAAAUACAAUGCAAACUAACUAGAAGAGGCGCCACCAUCACCAUCUCCAUCACCAUCACCACUAGCAUCUCAAAUUCACAAACAAAACCGUUUCCUUCCGAUUUGGUUCCCUCUCCCUUUCCAUUUCAUUUCUCCAUGUUUUCCCCAAUCUGAGCCAAACCGAACAAGAAACUCGACAAACAACAACCAUGAUGGCGAAGAACAAUUGGGGUAUGUUUGGAUUCUGGGUCUGCGUCCUCUCCUUCUUGAUCUGCGCCGGCGUUGGUUCUCCGGCCAGAUCCGACAAGGAAACCCGUGAGAGAUUCUACGGCGUUAUGGUGAAUUCCACUGCGCCUGAAUCCAAUGACACCUUCGCUAAGAUGUUCGAUCGCGUUCUCGAGAAGGAGUUUUCAGAAAAUGACCAGCCUGAAGGAUCCGAUAAAAGCAGCUUCAAUAGCAGUGUAGCUGAUCAGCAGGCUACAUUGGAGACUGUAGCUAAAAUUACUCAUGACAAAGCAAAGAGAAAUGAUACGCAUGAGGGAAAUAGCACAAAGUCGUUUCAGUUUCAAGAUGUGUUCUCCCUGGAAAAUGAAGAUUCUGAUGAUGUGACAACUUUGAUUGACAGCAAGGACAAUGUCUUUGUGAUGUCAAACAAGAAAUCCAAAUAUCCUGUGCUUCAAGUGGAUUUAAGGCUAAUAUCAGAUUUAGUGGUCGUCAUAGUUUCUGCAGCCAUUGGUGGAAUCGUCUUUUCCUGUUUGGGGCAACCGGUUAUUGUGGGCUAUCUUCUUGCAGGCUCCCUUAUUGGACCAGGGGGUUUGAAAUUCAUCAGUGAAAUGGUACAGGUUGAGACUGUUGCACAAUUUGGAGUUGUAUUUCUUCUCUUUGCUUUAGGGCUGGAGUUUUCCUUGGCGAAGUUAAAAGCUGUGGGGCCUGUUGCUGUUCUUGGAGGUCUGCUUCAAAUUUUAUUAUUCAUGUUUCUUUGUGGCAUUCUUUCCAUGUUAUUUGGAGCCAAGUUAUCUGAGGGUGUUUUUGUUGGUUCAUUUCUGUCAAUGUCAUCAACAGCAGUGGUGAUAAAGUUUUUGGUGGAGCGGAAUAGUAAUAAUGCUCUUCAUGUUCAAGUGACUAUUGGGACUCUUAUUUUUCAGGAUUGUGCUGUGGGUUUACUAUUUGCUUUGCUUCCAGUUUUGGGUGGUAACAGUGGUCUUUUACAAGGAAUUGUUUCAAUGGGAAAACUGUUGCUAGUGUUGUCGUUGUAUCUCACUGCUACAUCUAUAUUGUCUUGGUCGUUUGUUCCUCGCUUUCUCAAAUUGAUGAUGCGGCUCUCAUCUCAGACAAAUGAGCUUUAUCAGCUAGCUGCCGUUGCUUUCUGCUUGUUAUCUGCGUGGUGCAGUGAUAAGCUUGGCCUUAGUCUUGAGCUGGGUUCAUUUAUGGCUGGUGUUAUGGUUUCUACAACAGACUUUGCUCAACAUACUCUGGACCAGGUGGAACCAAUUCGUAACCUGUUUGCAGCUCUCUUCCUCUCAAGUAUUGGUAUGCUUAUACAUGUCCACUUCCUUUGGAACCAUGUGGAUAUCUUGCUGGCAGCUGUUAUUCUGGUUAUAGUUGUUAAGACUACUGUUGCUACUAUAGUUACAAAGGCCUUUGGGUACAGCAUUAAGACAGCACUUAUUGUUGGUAUCUCACUUGCUCAAAUUGGAGAAUUUGCUUUUGUUCUCCUGAGUCGCGCUUCAAAUCUUCAUCUUGUUGAGGGGAAGAUGUAUCUUCUUCUUCUGGGAACAACGGCUCUUAGUCUGGUUACAACGCCGCUUUUGUUUAAAUUGAUACCUGCUUUCAUGAAUCUGGGUGUUCUCAUGCACUGGUUCCCCGCUGAAAGUAGUACACCAAAUGAGGGGAAAGCUUUGAUGAUCGAGGCAAGCAGAAUAUUGUGACUUUCCAAGUUUAUAAAAAAAAAAGUUUAUAUGACAUCAAAUAGUAUAUUGGAGGCAAUUAUCUACUUUUUGGUACCUAGUGAAAUCAGGAUUUGUUUCUGUUGCAAGUUCCAUGGUGAGCUUCAGAAGAAUUAGUCAGCAUAGUCUCUUCCACUGAAAGUCAAUGGAAGAUCUCAUGUACAUAGGCAUUUGAUUUUUAUAUUCUUUUAGCAAUGUAUAUAGGAAAUGACAUGCCAGUCUUGUUGAUCAUGCUGAUCUAAUCUGAUCAUGACAUACCCUGGUUAGCCUAUAUUUGCUGCUAUAAAGUUGCUAAAGUCGAAAUGAUUGACAAAAUUUAUAGAAGAAUUCACUCGUGUAACUUUUUGUAUGAAGAUUCUCCCAACAACAUUGUUCUGUAACACAUGUAAGGACAACAUUUGAAUGAAGAUCUUGAUGAAUAAA